CAAUAACAGAGAGAGCAACUUACCAACCUCGAUACACUUCCAAGGGAGGGGAAGGUAGAGCUAUUGUACUCUGUGACUUCCUCACCAUGUCAUCCUCUGGCAAUACCAAUCCCCGCUCUGGCUUGCCCAUCCCCACUGCGUCUCGGUCCUCUGGACCCAAUCUGCAAGCAUUGUCCAAUCUCUCGGAAUCAUCUACUGGAUCAUGGGAGCGAGGUCAUAUUUCAAGCAACGCACGAUCACCUCCGAGACAUUCAAUGCUUCUGGUCGAUCAUCCUCCUGAGAACCGAGAUGGAGCUGCGGACUCGUCAGCUUCCUCCCCUUCCUCACGUGUUGAAGGCCCUCCCUUCAACGGAGAAUCAUCUACACGUCAACCCAAUCUAUCUCUCAGCAACCUAUCUCUAGACUCUAGAGCUAGGAGUGGUCCAGCUUCUGGACCUAGUGCCCAGUCUCCGCUGUAUCCUCGUCAACCCCGAGAUGGGUACGGGUUCCGACCGCCUUCCGGCGCUUCUACACCCACUGGUACUGGAUCAUCGUCAAACUUCUCACCAUUCGUACCUGUGUCUGUAACUUCCAUUCGGUAUGAUGACGAUGAUAUGGAUCACAUGCCGGAUGGAAGAGGCAUAGACAGUCUACGAGAAGAAGUCAAGACCGAACUCGUUAGAAAUGGGCUGGUCGAUGAACAAGAGGCGGGCACCAGUGGACCAUUAGUUCAGAGGGGCACAGAGGGGCUGUCGGGUCGUUCAGGGAUAGCAGAUGAGGAAGGUCUAGGCUGGGCAGCUAAAAACACGAAGAAACGCUUGCACUCUACGCCCGAGCAACAAGCGGAGAAUCUCGUAUUGCUUUCCUCGGCCGUCAGGACAGUCCUCGAAUGCAUUGGUGAAGACCCGGAUCGAGAAGGAUUACGCAGGACCCCUGAGCGCUACGCCAAAGCCCUCAUGUGGAUGACCAAAGGCUAUGAGGAAAGAUUGGUCGAUGUGAUCAACGAUGCAGUGUUCGCGGAGGAUCAUGACGAGAUGGUCAUUGUGAGGGACAUUGACGUAUUCAGCCUGUGUGAACAUCACUUGGUGCCUUUCACCGGCAAGAUCUCCAUUGGAUAUAUUCCCAACAAACUCGUCUUGGGCCUAUCCAAACUCGCUAGAAUUGCCGAAACCUUUUCUCGAAGACUUCAGGUCCAGGAGCGCUUGACCAAACAAGUGGCGCUUGCCGUUGAAGAAGCAAUCCGACCAAGAGGUGUCGCCGUCGUCAUGGAGGCAAGCCACAUGUGCAUGUCUAUGCGAGGAGUACAGAAGCCCGGUAGUAGUACCGUGACGAGUACGAUGCUGGGCUGUUUCAGGACUCAGCAGAAGACUAGAGACGAAUUCUUGACUUUGAUCAGAUCACCCAGUGUUGCCAAGUAGAUGAUCUAUGUGUCCAGUUGUAUAUUGCUCUCAACAGCAUCAUCUGUACGACUUUCUCAUAUCCUGUUGCACUUCUGUAAAACCCCAUGCAUGACAUGAUAGCC